GUUCUACACCGUGCUGGCUCGCGGGUUUGGUUCGGCUGCGCUGCUCUCUGAUCAGAUCGGGUGAAAGCCUGCGCGCCAGGUGACUCACAUCGAGUUUCCCAGAGCAAUCGCCCCGGUCACGGCGGAAAGAUCGAAAUCAGCACAAAACGUUCUCAGCCCCUGGUGUGAAGGAAUGGAAAAAGACACGCUGCCCAAAAAACACAUCGUUCCUCAAUGGUCAUGGCAUAAUGAGCUCAUCGGAGGCUUGAGGGUUUAUGUAAUCUCUAACCUCGGCGAGGGCAUUGUGUCAGCAAUGCUGAUGAUAUUUUCACUCUCGCUGCUCCGAGACGACAAUAAUAACUUUUAUCUACUGCAGGAUUAGAUGACCAGAGGGCAUCACUUUCCACAAGCUCACGUGAAAUUGGCCAGUCAGAUGCCAGGGGAACCCUGCUGUCAUUCAUACGGACUGGCCUCACACACCGGCCUCUGAUACGGGCCAAAGUUUUGAGAUGCUAGUGAAGUAUAAUACGCAGAAACAGAAAGCAGUCUGUUUAACCCUGCAGCUAAUGUCGAUGAAAGCAUCAGGUUCUUUCACUUCUAAAGCUUUGUCUGCUUGAACCGAACCUUUUUCGCUUUGUGGCGUUUCUCUGCGCUGCUUUAGGCAGGUGAGAACACAGCGAUCUGACUUGGGUGUGGACCAGAAUAACUCGUCUGAAAGCAUCUAAACAAUCCGCUGCCAAGUCCAACCUGGUGUAAUUACAGUGAGGGAGUGAAUCGACUCGGCUGUGAGCGAGAACCUCGCGUGUGGAGUGGGUUUAGUUCAUCGAUACGAUACGAUAUGAUGGACGCUGUUGAAAAGAACAUGCUGUUGAGUGUUCUGGAUAUUUGGAUCUUCAGGAAAGAAACAAACCCCAAAAAACUUUGGAUGUGAUGCACAACUUUAACGCUAGUUGUUGUUUUGUGAUCUCCAUGUGAACUUGGCAAAAGGUUUCUUUUCCUUUUUCCGUUGUCGGUUUUGUGACCAGUAAAUGAAGUACUUUUCAGCCGUACACAGUAGAUCUCUCUCUUUAACACUUACUCCAUGAAAUCGAGUCGUACAUGAGCCGAUAGCUGUAAUCCACAUCCGACGAGGUUGAGUGGAGUAACGCUCUUAUUCUAUCCACAUUCAAGUCAAGUUUAUUUUUUAGUGCUUUUAACCGACACUGUCACAGAGCAGCUUUUCAGAAAUUUAAAGACUUAAAACAUGAGCUAAUUUUAUCCCUAAUCUAUCCCCGAUGAUGAAGCCUGUGGCGAGGAAAAACUCCCUCAGACGACAUGAGGAAGAAACCUCGAGAGGAACCAGACUCAAAAGGGAACCCAUCCUCAUCUGGCAGGUCCCGGCGCAGUACGGACAGCAGGGCAUGGGUGGGUACUGCCAGCAGGGUCAGCCUCCAUACUUCAGCCCUCCUCAUCAGCAGCCUGCCGCGCCCUCUCAGCCUCACUACAUGCAGCCACGAGCUCCACCGCAGCAGGACGCUCCUCAGGAGGCGUACGGCAGCCGAGCCCAGCCCGCUAUGACUCCCGGGAAGCCCAACCACGAUGAGAUGGGCCUGAACCAGCAAGAGCGACCCUCCAGCCUUCCGGACCUGUCAGGCUCCAUCGAUGACCUCCCGACGGGGACGGAGGCAGCACUGAGCUCGGCCGUCAGCGCCUCGGGUUCCACCAGCAGCCAGGGCGAGCAGAGCAACACGGCGCAGUCCCCGUUCUCCCCUCACGCGUCGCCCCGUCUCUCUGGCCUGCGCAGCGGACCCUCGCCUUCUCCAGUCGGCUCACCCGUGGGCUCCAGCCAAUCACGAUCCGGACCCAUAUCUCCUGCCAGCGUCCCAGGUACACAAAUGGCCCCGCAAACCCCAGGGAAUGUAUCAGACGGGGCCUCCCAUUCCACCCUCAGUCAGUCGCCCAUGUCUCAGGAGAGAGGAUUUGCCUCUAACCUGCAGCGCAGUGGCCCCGGCCCUCAGUUUGGCUCCCAGCAGCCUGGACCCCCCAUGUCCCCUCACCCGUCCCCAGGAGGCCCCAUGCACCACAGUGUGGGCUCGUACCAGCAGGGCGGCCCCGGAUACGGGCCCCAGGGCGGGCAGUACGGCCCUUCAGGUAACUACCCUCGUCCACCCAGCUACGGCGGCGCUCCAGGCCCCAGCUACAGCGGCCCCGGUCCUGGCAUGAGCCUGAGCAUGAACGCCAGCAGCCCCAUGCACGGGCAGGGCCCCGGACAGCCCUGUGGCUCGAUGCCUGCCGCUCGGGGUCCCGCUCAGCCAGGGGGAGGACGUCCGUACCCAGCAGGCUCUAGCAGCGCAGCACCCACAUCUCCCAGCAUGCCUCAGUCUGCAGGGCCCGGCAUGGGCCCCCCUCCACCCACAGGCGGCCGGAAACCCCACGAGAGUGGCACUGCUCCAUCACCGCAGAACCCGCACGCACCUGGACCGGCCAGGCCUCCAUACACCAGGUCCCCUGUGUACCCGGGGGUACGGCCGAACCCCUUUACCCCCCCACAUUUCCCUCAGCCCCAUACCGGCCUCUACACCAGCGGCCCAGGCCAGCCUCAGCCCGAGCAUUAUGGGUCAGGUGGGUACCCAGGUGGGCCCCUGAUGGGUGGGAUGGGUCCCGGAGGCCCCUACAACCCACCACAGAGCGCUAACUCCAGCAGGAUGAACCUCCAGGGUCCUCCGUACAGCAACAUGCCCUCAGGUCCCAUGCCUGGAGAUGGCAUGCCUCCCACUGAGCCGAAACUGAGAGCAGAGAAGGAGGAAGGCAGUGUGGCUGGCAACGAACCGCCCAAAUCAAAGGACAGCUCCAGCUCCCACUGUGUGUCUCAGCCCCCCACCCCGUCUCCCCUGUCCCCCAGCCCUGCUAGUCUGUCCUCUAAUCACGGCGAUGACAGUGACAGCAUUAGCAGUCCAGCCUGGCCAAAGACCCCCAGCAGCCCUAAGCCGAACCCAGCCACCAUGACGAACGAGAAGAUCACACGCCUGUAUGAGAUGGGGAGUGAGCCGGAGAGGAGGGCCUGGGUGGACCGUUACCUGGCCUUCAUGGAGGAGAGGGGCACACCUGUACCCAACCUACCCGCCGUAGGGAAGAAGCCCCUGGACCUGUGCCGCCUCUACCUGUGUGUGCGGGACAUCGGAGGCCUGGCCAUGGUGAAUAAGAAUAAGAAGUGGCGCGAGCUCUCCACUCAUCUGAACGUGGGAACAUCGAGCAGCUCCGCGAGCUCUCUGAAGAAGCAGUACAUCCAGUACCUGUUCGCUUAUGAGUGUAAAGUGGAGCGGGGUGAAGAACCUCCACCAGACGCCUUCAACACUGACGGCAAGAAGCAGCAGCAGCAGGCCAAGAUCCAGCCGCCAUCACCAGCGAACUCCGGCUCUCUCCAGGGCCCUCAGACUCCUCAGUCGACAGGCAGCAGCUCCAUGACCGAGAUGCCCGGGGAUUUAAAGCCGCCGACUCCGGCCUCUACUCCACACAGCCACAUGCCCCCUCAGCAAAGUGCCAGAAACAGUGGUGUCAGUGUACAGGAUCCGUUUUCUGAUAGCAGCGAUCCAGCUUUCCAAAAGCGAGCCAACAUCCCUCCUGGUAUGAUGUACCAGCAGGGAGGAGGGGGCAUCGAUGCCCGAAUGCAGUAUGAUGCCAACAAGGAGCCCUACGGAGGUCAAAGGAAAGGUGGCAAUGACUCUUUCAUGCCAGGGCCAAUGCCCAGCAGUGGCAUGCAGGAUAUGUACCCACGAGGACCCCAGGCCAUGGGCAUGAGACCCCAGUACCCUUACAGCCAAGGCUUUGACAGAAGGCCUGACCAUGCCAUGGGCCCCGAUGGUGGAAUGGUGCCUCCUGGAAAUCAGAACAACAUGAUGCCUUCCAACAGCGAUCCAAACAUGUACCCAGGAAAUAGAUACCCAUCACAUCAGAGGCACGGCCAUGACGGUUACGGACAGCAGUAUCCUCAAGGCAUGCCGUACAGUGCACAUGGAAUGUACCCACAGCCACAGGGCUAUAAGAGACCUGGGGAAGGGAUGUACGGCCCCCCAGCAAAGCGACACGAGGGCGAUUCCUAUGGUAUGCAGUUCAGUGGCCAGCAGCCGGAUAUGUACAGCCAGUACGGUGGAUACCCGGAGCGCAGACCUAUGCAGGGGCAGUUCCCGUACCCAUAUAACCGUGAACGCAUGCAGCAUGGGGGACAGGGACCUCCUCAGCAUGGCAUGAUGGGUGGAGGACAGUCCUCCACUCCCACCGGGGGGCCUCAGGGUAAUGUAUGGCACCCUAGGAAUGAUAUGGGCUACCCUUAUCCUAGCAGACAGGGUCACGGGCCUCCAUACCCUUCAAUGAGCCGUGCAGAUGACCCAGAGGGCAGGGCAAAUCAGGACAGUCAGUGGCCGAGUCACCCGGGCCAACGUCAGUCGCCUUAUCCUCCCCAGUCUUCUGCUAGCUCCAUGCCGCCCAUGGCAAACCGCCAGCCUCCGUCCUCUUACCAGUCCCCUCCAGCCAUGCCCAACCACAUUGCCCGUGCUCCGAGUCCAGCACCAUUUCCCAGACCCAUGGGAGGUUCCAUGUCCCCCAAUAAAGCUCAUUUGAUGCAGUCUAUGAAGAUGCCAAAACCAGGGGUUCCCGGGUCUAUGCCAAGCUCUCAGAGUGGUGGUGUCCCCAGUCAAGGCUUCCCACCCAUACACCGAGAGAUCAGCUUUCCACUGGAUUCUGUUGAGGCUACACAGCCUCGGUUAAAGCCUCGCCGAAGGUUAACCUCCAAAGACAUUGGGACACCAGAGGCCUGGCGUGUGAUGAUGUCUCUCAAGUCUGGUUUGCUAGCAGAGAGCACCUGGGCUUUGGACACUAUAAACAUUCUACUAUAUGACGAUAAUACAGUGUCCUCUUUUACCUUGUCGCAGUUGCCAGGUUUCCUGGAACUUAUAGUUGAAUAUUUCAGAAGAUGCUUGAUUGAGAUCUUCGGAAUCCUCGAGGAGUAUGAAGUGGGUACUGAGGGCCAGAAGACACUUCUUGGCCCCCUCCCAGAGCCAGCAGAAAAAGAGGAAUUGAAGCAUCAGGUGCAGGACAGUCAUUCAGAUACUGAGCUGGUGGACAAGAAGCCUGAAGCAGAGUCUCAAAUGUGUCCCCCAAGCAGCACAUCUGGAACAGAACCCCUGGAGAAGAAGCCAGCAGAGACAGCUGAGCAGGAGAAGGAUGGACAAAACGAAGCAGAUAAAGAAGAAGAUUGUCCUUCCACAGAACACAGGCCCAAGCAAGCAAGCAAGUAUGACCGAUUGCCCGUGAAGGUGGAGGAGAGGGAGGCAAUUGCAGACUUGGUGGAAGACCGAUCAGAACAGCUGGGCUUGUCUGGAGAGUUCACCAGCGGCCUGCUGCACUGGAAGGCUGGCGGAGGAGACUCCACCGCCCACAUCCAGACCCACUUUGAUAGAAAAUAUGAGGAAACAGGAACUAAACCAGCACUGACUAUGGGCCUUGAGGAGGUGAAAGAACAAGACACUGCAGAUCCCAGUCCAGACAAGCAAAACCAAGAUGUCACAGAUAAGAGUCCGACGGCCACUGCAGAGGGUACGGGAUCUCUACCCGAAAGUGAGCCGCAGCAGUCCACCUCGCAAAGCCAAAACAACCACCGCAGUAUCGCCCUGCUGGAAGAUGAACCACGUUGCUGGGACGAGGCACCGCUGUCCACAGCCGAGGACUGGCAGGACGAGCUGGCUAAACGCUGCGUGUGCAUCUCCAACAUAGUCCGUGGACUCUCCUUUGUGCCGGGUAAUGAUGCUGACAUGGCACGGCAUCCAGGUCUAGUACUUAUACUGGGCAGGCUGGUGCUCUUGCACCAUGAGCACCCAAAGAGGAAGCGGACACCUCCGACCUACCAGCGUGAAGAGGAGCGAAGUCUGGCUUGUAGCAAGGAUGAGUGGUGGUGGGACUGCCUUGGUGCCUUGCAUGAGAACACCUUGGUGACCUUGGCCAACAUUUCAGGGCAGCUUGAUCUGUCGGUCUACCCUGAGAGCAUCUGCUUACCCAUACUGGACGGGCUUUUGCACUGGAUGAUUUGUCCAUCAGCCGAGGCCCAGGACCCUUUCUGCACGGCGAGCGGUUUCUCUUCUCUCACGCCGCAGAGGCUGGUGCUGGAGUGCUUGUGCAAGCUGAGCAUCCAGGACUGUAACGUGGACCUGCUGUUAGCGACACCACCGUUCAGUCGUCAGGAACGCCUCUUUGCGACGUUGGUGCGUCACGUGGGCGAGCGUAAAAGCCAGGUUUGCCGGGAGAUGGCCGUGGCCGUCCUCGCCAACUUGGCACAGGGCGAUCCCACGGCAGCCCGGGCCAUUGCACUUCAGAAGGGCAGCGUCGGGACCCUGAUAAGCUUUUUAGAGGACAGUCUCGCCAUGGCACAGUAUCAGCAGAGCCCUCAUAGCCUGCUACAUGCGGGACAUCCGACCCACCCAGAGCCACCUAGCAUCAACAUGAUGUGCCGGGCUGCUAAAGCUUUAAUGGCGAUUGCUCAGGUUGAGGAGAACCGGCCCGAGUUCGUGUUGUACGAGAGCCGCCUGCUGGACAUCACGCUGUCGUCUGUGCUGAACUCUAGUGUGGCAGCCAUUUUGUGCGAGGUGCUGUUUAAGCUGGGACGCUCGUGACACGAGCGGUAGCCUGGCAGUGCUGAAAAUCCGUGGGACAAGCCACACAGAUCGAGAUUGUUGGUGUUAUAUUUUUAUUUAAAUAAAAAAAAGACAAAAAAUGUUUUUACUUACAGUUAUAUAGAGAAUUAUAUAUAGCUCCUCUACCCCUCUUUUUGCUGUUUUCAUUUUGGAUUUUUAAAUGAUUUUAAUACAAAUAUUUAAUAUCUCAUGGUCUUGUUUUCUAUUUUUUUUUUUAUGCUUUGAUUUGUGUUCCUUUUUUAAGUUCCGUUUUAACCAAAGUUGGCAUCUGAUAGUUUGUUUUUCAAUUUUUUUCUUUUUGCGCUUAAGGUUUUUUUUUUUUUUCCUUUCUCCACUGUUUGUGGCCGUUUCUGGUGGGAAUUUGUUUAUUUGGGGAUGCACAUUUAUUUAAAUUGUGAGAUGUGUUGUAGAUAGAACUUCUCUUGCAACGUGUUAAAGACAAAAAAACAAAAAAAAACACUGAUUUACUCAAGAUAUACAUGUAUCCAGCUCUAAAAAGCAUUGUGCAAUAGGGUGUAGACGGCUUGGUGGAGGGGAGAUUACCAAAUGUGAAUGACUCUUUACCACAGGCAAUAUUCAAAUCUGAUAACCAGUAUUGCACUGCGUAACCACACCAGUAUGUGAGGGUAAAGUAAGAGCUGGUUUUUAAACUUACUCGCUUCCACCAGUAUGACCAUGAAACCGCAGGAUCACCAGUCUGAAAACGGAACUCUAAAGCGCUUCAGUUACCACUUCUCUUCAUCCAACUUCUGGGCUGAUGUGUGUAUAUAUAUGAGCUGUAUAUUAAACAGGCCCUGUUCACUUUUUAUUUCUCCAAGAGAUGUGGUAUUAUACAAAGUGACGGUAGUCGAUGCUAAUUAUUAACAGUUUGAAAAUGAAAUUUUCAUCGCCAUCUUCUGUUGAGGGUAGCCUGCUGCGGUGUGGGACGUUCCUGCGUGGACCGUACCGCCCACGAUUCUGUAAAAUGGAUAGGAACUGGUCCCUCCGCUGGCCUUGGACACCUGGUUUAAAGAGAACAGACGCAGGCUCAUCGAAAGGUCAGUCGGUGUAACUGUAAUCCAGCAAAAUUUGAAGUUAUCCCAAAAGUGACUUGAGCAACAAUUCCAAUGAACAUGUACAACUCUGUGAACUUUUUUCAUGCCAUAUGAUUUGAUGAACAUUGUUUAUUAGUAUAAAGUCUUUAUACUACAUGUUCCACAUGUUAAAGUAAAUGUACAUGAAAUCUG